AUGAGUAAUACAAUUCAAUAUCAUUCCUCAAGUACCGACGAUAACGAAUGUCCAUUAACAGAUACAGAAGUUUCAACUUUAUGUCAAGAAUUCACGUCAAUAGCCAACAUUGAUAUAGACUUUGCUAUGAAUCUAUUAAAAGAUAAUCAAUGGAAUCUAGAGCGUGCUGUUAGCGCCUAUUUCGAUUCAGCAACUUGCGAAUCAUUAAAUUCAUCGAACAUGUCAUCUUCUUUAUCGGUCGCUAAUCAAUAUCAAGACUCUAACAUGAAUAGCGAAUCAAUGGCAACUGGUACAAAAUAUUUUAAAUUAAUGUCAUGGAAUAUUGAUGGACUCGACGGAUAUGCUGCUGAAAUAAGAACACGUGGUGUUAUUGAUGUUAUUAAAAAAGAAGCACCAGAUGCUGUUUUUCUACAAGAAGUUGUUCCACCAGCAGUCAACGUCAUUCAAAAUUCGCUACCAGAAUAUCAAAUCUAUGCUGGGAAUACGCAAGGUUAUUUUGUAGUUAUAUUAACUCGUCGCAAUAUGUUUAGUGUACAUGGUUCCGAAGUAGUUCGGUAUCCAGGUACCAAUAUGGAUCGUAAUUUAUUGAUUGUUCACGCUAGAUACAAAAAAUCGAUUGACAUUGAUCUAAUGACAUCUCAUCAUGAAAGUUGUGCUCAAUCAGCAUCGAGUCAUCAACGCGUUGAACAAUUACUAUUAUGCUUUAAACGAAUGAAAGAUGCUCCGUUAGAUCGUGUCGUUUUAUUUGGCGGUGAUUUGAAUAUGCGAGAGAAAGAACUACAAAAGGCUGGUCACAUUCCAACUGGUAUGUGCGAUUUAUGGAUUGAAACGGGCAAACCAGAAGAAUGCGCAUAUACGUGGGAUAUGAAAAUGAAUACAAAUAAAGAUUUUUCAUCAAGUGAUUCGCCACCACGAGCGCGUUUCGAUCGUCUCUAUUUUCGACCGAGCAACAGACGUGAUAUUAAAUUUCAACCAAUUAAUUUCGAACUUAAAGGUCUAGAAAAGAUAUCAUCUGUUCAACGUUUUUGUUCUGAUCAUUGGGCUAUUCAAGCCUCAUUUGAAGUCUAA